AUGGAUUCAUCAUCAUCUUCAAGCUUCAUCAUACCAGACAGCCCACCAACAGAGCAGCAGCUCAACUACUGGCAGCAGCAGAAGCAGCAGCAGAAAGCUCGCAGCUCGCCUGCCACCUCCGCUGCCACGGCUGCUGCCUCCGCUGUCUCCGCCGGCUCCUCCUCCGCCUCACCCCUGAAGAGACAGGGAAUCUUGGUUCAACGAGAGAGGGGUGAGGAGAUCGCGAUUCCGGACAGUCCUCUGCCACAAUCUACACCGGCUACCUGGGCGCUGCGACGAGCGGUGCUGUCAACUCAACCCAGCAAGCAGCCGGUGAAGAGGAGGCUAGUUUUCGAGGACGAGGGCGUGCUCACUCAAUCAAAGAAACGUGCUGGAAUGGACGAGAACUCGUCCAUGCUCCCACUGAUGAAGGAGCUGCGACGAAGGGAGGAGGAGGAUGAGAUGGAGUUCGUAACAAUUGUAAAUGCACCAACGCCUAAACCAUGGAUCCCACUGAGGGAAUUGAAGGAGCGCACUCCCUACCCCAUAGUUGGCGUGAGGGAGCAAACGAACAUCCAUGGCUGUUGCAUAAUUUUAAAAAUCGGUAAUGCAGGAAGCGAAUGUGAGGUGUAUUUACCUCAAAGAUUCGCUUCCUGCAUUGACGCGGGAAAGAUUCAACAUUUUAAUAAAACUUGUAAAAAUUAUGUGUUGCUAGUAACACAUAAGUCGGCAAAUUGGUCGGAUAUAAAAAUUGUUAAGCAAUAACAAUUUUUAUAUCUGUAUA